AUUUACAGAGCGUUUCCGUGCGAAGUGUGCACAGACAUCUAUAGGGAGUUGCAUUGAAAAUGUUGCGCACGGUUUUCCUGCGAACUUUACCGCAAGUUUAUCGCGUCUCCGCGUGCCGUCAUUUAACGAUUCCUGCGCCCAACACCCAACCAGACGUUUACUAUGACAAGAUUUUCAUUAACAACGAGUGGCAUGAUGCAGUAAGUAAGAAAACCUUCCCAACCAUCAAUCCGACUACUGGUGAAGUUAUCUGUCAGGUUGCAGAGGCUGAUAAGGCUGAUGUGAACAAAGCUGUGGAAGCUGCUAAAAAUGCCUUUAAGCUUGGGUCUCCAUGGCGACGCAUGGAUGCAUCUUAUCGUGGACGGCUCCUGAACCGACUGGCCGACUGCAUUGAGAGAGAUUCUGCCUAUUUAGCUGAGCUUGAGACUCUUGACAAUGGGAAGCCGUAUGCAGUCUCCUACACUGUGGAUGUGCCCAUGGUGGUCAAGUGCUUGAGGUAUUUUGCUGGGUGGGCCGACAAAUGGGAGGGGAAGACUAUUCCGAUUGAUGGGGAUUACUUCUGUUACACAAGACAUGAACCCGUUGGAGUGUGUGGCCAAAUUAUACCUGUAAGUAUGUGCGACGGGAACACUGCCGGAUAUAUAUCGUGCCAAAGACGACAGUAG